AUGGCCGGUUCGGUUCGAUCCGGUCGAGAAUUAUUGGAAGUCGGACAGUUACUCCCAGGACACUUGCUCACGGGUGCGGGUGAGGAUGAGGGUGAUGGUUUUAAAUAUCAACCAUGUGAUCAAUUAAUUAAACAAACAUGUUUAUCACAUGGAACUAAACGUGAAGUUUUAUGUACUAAUGAAACUGGUGGUACAAAAACAUUUACAUGUGGUCAUCAUAAAUGUACAAAAACAUGUCAUGAUGGACCAUGUCCAGAUUGUUUAUUAUUACCAGAAAAUUGUAAAACAUGUGCUUGUGGAAAAACAAUUAUGGAUAAUCAACAACGAUCAUCAUGUAUUGAUCCAUUACCAACUUGUGAGAAAUUAUGUGCAAGAAUUCUAUCAUGUGGUUCGAUCGAUGAUCGUCAUCAAUGUUUAGCUCACUGUCAUAAUGGACCAUGUCCAUCAUGUAGUACACAAUUAAUUCUUCAAUGUCGUUGUGGACAAUCAAGUAAAUCAACAUCAUGUUCAUGUGAUCGUUUGGUAAAAGAUAUUGUUUGUAAUGUAAAAUCCAAUGAAGGAAAAGAUGAUGCUGAUUUAACUCAAUCACUGGUUCGAGCAUUAUCUGUUCGAACAAUUGAUUUAACACUUGCACGAAAACAACAGCCACAACAACAGGAAUUAGAAUGUGAUGAACGUCGUAUAAUCCAACAAGAUGAAAAUUUAGCUCAAGCAUUAUCAAUUAAUCUCAAUGAACGACGACCAUCACCAACUGUGUAUACAAAUUUCUUACGUGAUUAUGCCAGAAGACAUUUAGAACUUGUUCAAGCUAUUGAACGAAAAUUUAGUCUACUUGUUACAUUAACUGAAUAUCAUGGUCAUCCAACACGUCAUCAUCAUGGUUUAAAACUAUAUUUUUCAUUGAAACCAAUGCAUGUAGAUGAAGAUCGUUUAAUUCAUACAUUAGCAAAUUUUUAUGGUCUUGAAACGCAACAAGUGAAUUAG